GGGGGGGAGCUGCUGCAAUCUUUUAGCAAAUGCUUUCUGUGGCACACACACACGUACAUACACACACACCACUCAUACACACACACUCAUCCGCACACACACUGACACAGGCAACAUAUAGAUACAUGCAGAAAAAAAGGAAGCACAGCUCUGACCACACACAGAGGGGACCUGAGCCUGGUUACCCCUUAUUGUCUGGACCUGGGAUAAAGAAUAUGGGUCUAAUCAAGUAGAACAUUGGAAAUCCCCAUAAUCAGCCUGCAGAAGAGGGGAUCUGACACAUAGGAUCUGUUCUUUGGCUGAAAGAGGGGAUCUGAUACUUUGUUUCAUGUGAUCUACUGGUGCUGAUACGCCUGUUCCUCUCUGCUAUCUGCUAUUUCAGUGAAAUACAAGCGAGAGAAGCCUCAUUUGACUAGUUGCUAUGGAUUGUACUAGCAGCUCAUGUGGGGGCAGUGAUCACAGACAGAUAGAGGAGAACAAGCCACUGCUGGGGGAGAUGUCUGCUCCAGAAGGUGGCAAAAUGGGGGCAGUUUCCUGCAGGAGACCCCUUCAGCACUUCAAUGGGAUGAGGUAUAAACUGCUUCAAGAAGGGGACAUCCAGGUCUGUGUGAUCAGGCACCCCAGGACCUUCCUCAGCAAGAUUCUCACUUCCAAAUUCCUAAGGAGGUGGGAACCCCAUCAUCUGACCCUGGCAGAUAACAGCCUGACCUCUGCUACACCUACAGGGUACAUGGAAAAUAGCAUUUCAUACAGCGCCAUUGAGGACGUGCAGCUUCUCUCCUGGGAAAAUGCCCCAAAAUAUUGUUUACAGCUAACUAUUCCCGGGGGUACUGUCUUGCUUCAGGCAGCGAACAGCUACUUGAGAGACCAGUGGUUUCAUUCUUUGCAGUGGAAGAAAAAGAUUUACAAGUACAAAAAGGUUCUCAGCAAUCCGAAUCGCUGGGAGGUUGUCCUGAAGGAGAUUAGGACCCUGGUGGAUAUGGCCCUCACGUCUCCACUACAGGAUGACUCCAUCCACCAAGCACCACUAGAAAUCGUCUCCAAGUUACUUUCCGAGAAUAUUAACCUAACCACUUUGGAACAUGAAAGCAUUAUUGUGGCAAUUGCCCCUCUCCUGGAAAACAACCACCCACCCCCUGACCUUUGUGAAUUCUUCUGCAAGCACUGUAGAGAGCGCCCCCGUUCCAUGGUGGUUAUUGAGGUGUUUACCCCAGUCGUCCAGAGAAUCCUCAAACAUAACAUGGAUUUCGGGAAGUGCCCUCGACUAAGGCUGUUUACCCAAGAGUAUAUUUUGGCAUUGAAUGAACUGAACGCUGGAAUGGAGGUGGUAAAGAAAUUUAUACACAGCAUGCAUGGUCCUACGGCAAACUGCCCCCACCCCAGGGUCUUACCAAACCUUGUUGCAGUGUGCCUUGCUGCCAUAUAUUCAUGUUACGAAGAAUUUAUCAACAGCCGAGACAAUUCCCCAAGCCUAAAGGAAAUUCGGAAUGGGUGCCAGCAGCAGUGCGACCGUAAACCCAAUAUUCCUCUUCGUCUCCUCCAUACCAACACAGACCUGGUCUCGCAAGAGGUCACGUCGGUAGAGUCUCGACACAAGCCAGUCAUUGUUACAUCCAAUGAAAUUCACGUUGAGGUGGAACGCAACAACACAGUGAAUCAGAAGCUGAAGGCAAAUAGUGGGAAUGACAGCGAACCCAACCUGAUCGAUUGCCUGCUCAUCAGCCCAGCCUGCAGCACCAUAAGCAUAGAGCUGAGCCCUCAAGCUGAGAGAGUCCUGGGAUGCUACGUGGAAAUUCUAAAAAUACUGUCAGACUACGAUGAUUGGAGGCCAGCACUGGCCAGCUUGCUCCAGCCCAUCCCAUUCCCCAAAGAAGCUCUGGCCCAUGAAACGUUCACAAAAGAGCUAAAACAUGUCAUUCAGAGAUUUGCAGAGGACCCCAGACAGGAGGUCCACUCGUGCCUCCUAAGCGUCCGGGCCGGGAAAGACGGCUGGUUUCAACUCUACAGCCCGGGAGGAGUCGCUUGCGAUGAUGACGGUGAACUUUUUGCCAGCAUGGUACGUGUUUGCAAUAAUGUUCACAUUUUGAUGGGCUCGUGCUAUAAGACGAAAAAGUUUCUCCUGUCGCUGGCUGAAAACAAGCUUGGCCCGUGUAUGUUACUUGCUUUGCGAGGGAACCAGACAAUGGUGGAGAUCCUUUGUCUCAUGCUGGAAUAUAACAUCAUAGAAAACAAUGACACCCAGCUGCAGAUUAUCUCUACUCUGGAGAGCACGGACGUAGGGAAGAGAAUGUAUGAGCAGCUGUGUGACCGUCAGAGAGAGCUGAAGGAGCUGCAAAGGAAAGGAGGACCCACUCGACUCACACUGCCAUCCAAGUCUACAGACGCUGACCUUGCCAGGUUGCUGAGCUCUGGAUCUUUCGGCAACCUGGAAAACCUCAGCCUGGCCUUCACCAAUGUAACGAGUGCCUGCGCAGAGCAACUCAUCAAGCUGCCUUCACUAAAGCAACUCAACUUGUGGUCAACUCAGUUUGGAGAUUCUGGACUUCGGGUUUUAUCCGAGCAUCUCACCACACUGCAAGUUCUCAACCUGUGCGAGACGCCCGUCACAGACGCCGGACUACUGGCACUGAGCUCUAUGAAGAGCCUCUGCAGCUUAAAUAUGAACAGCACUAAACUGUCAGCAGACACCUACGAGGAUCUCAAGGCAAAGCUGCCAAACCUUAAGGAGGUGGACGUUCGUUACACAGAAGCGUGGUGACUUUUCCCUGUCCCAGAAGAUCGCCUUUGAUGCCACCAGGCUGCUCAUGAGAAACCGCAGAGCAAGAAUUUUUUUGGACUACAAUCUGUGUUUUUGGGUUAGAGGUCAUUUUUAACGUAGGGAGGCUGAACUCCUUCUACCCAAUGAACCGCUUCGGAAUUUCAAAAUCAAUCCAACGUAAUUAAUGGAAAAAGUAAAAUAAAAGACUUUGUAGCUGCAAGAAGAUUAUAUCGAGAACCUUUGUGGAUUUUUUUUAUUUGCCUACGUGUUCAUGCUGUGUGGGGACAAAAACAUUUUUUUUUAGAAUGCAUACAUUUCUUAUUUUUUUUUUUUUGUUGUUUUUAAUUUGGUUUGAUUGGAUGGACUCAUUUUAAGAAGCUCCUGCUUUGACCUACUCGCUGCAAACAAGAAUAUCGCCAGGCCGUUAUCGUAACGAGAAAAAGAUUGUCCUGUACUUUGCACCUUCUCGCCCUGCAACUAUUCUGCAAAGCAAAGUCUUGUUGUUGUACAUAAAAUUUACAUAAUUCACCUAUUUAAGGAAAUGUUUCACAUUCGGCAGGUCUGGGACCUGCUUUUUAUUUAUAAAUUGUUAAUCCUUUUUUUUUUUUCUUUUUUGCAGAUAGAACUGUACAAAGUAGUAUGUCGCCGUGUUGUUGAUUGUAUCUUGUAUGUGUAUUGUUUUGCUUUGGUUUCAGAACAGAAGCUCUCUUGAAUAAAUAACAUGGUUAAAGUA